AUGGACGACAUACUAAAAGCAAUUAAAAAUGUUGGAGAACAGUUGAACAAAACCGAUACCAAAUUAUCAUUAAAAAUCGAUAAUUUGAACGAAAAAUUAAUCGAGUACAAGACUGAGUUAGACGAUCUGAAAAGAAAAAAUGAAAACCAAGAAACACGAAUAGAUCAAUUAGAGAGAGAUAUAAGGCUUCGAAAUCUUGUUUUCUUUGGUAUUGAAGAAAAAGAACGAUCAUAUACGGAACUAGAGGAUACUAUACUAAAUGUUAUAAAUGAUGAUAUGAACAUAAUUUGUACGAGAGAUGAAGUUCAACAUGUAAGACGCAUUGGUAAAAAAGGAGAAAAUAAAAUUAGACCAAUUAACAUUAGCUUAACCACAUUGGGAAAAAAGAUUCAAAUAUUAAAAAAUAAAUCUAAACUGGUCAGUACAACUAUAUACGUAAAGGAAGAUUUUCCGAAAAAAAUUUUAAAUGAGAGAAAAAGAUUACAGGAAGAUUUGAGAUGUGAAUUAGAAAAAGGAAAUAAAGCUAUUAUUAAAUAUAAUAAAUUGAUUAUCCUACCUAAUAAAGACAACACUCAUGACACGGUAUCGACUCAAAAUCAAAGCAAAAAGCGAACAUUAGAUCCAUCAGCUUAUGCUACUAGCUAUAAUAAAAGUACAGAAGUAAUGACACAUAGAAUGGCUAAAAAACAUAAAGCAACAAAUGUAAAUAGAAAUAUCACUCAAUAUAUAUCAUGUCAAAGCAGAAAAAGACAACAAGCUACAGAUUCACAGGACUCUGACAGGGAUAUAGAAACAUAG